AGUAUAUGAAGCCAAACAAAAACGUGGUAGUGAACUAUAUAAUUGUUUAUGGUCAAUAUUCCGGCCGUCAUUAAGAACUUCCAUGUAUAACACCGGACUUUGUUUCACUGGGAUAUUCUGAUCGCAAAGACUUCGGGAAAAGGUAGAUAUGAAGUCUUCGACGGCGUUCGUUUCGGGCAUCUUGAUCGGUUGUCUUUGUUGGGUUCCAGCGGUCUACGCGCAGACGGACGCUUUGACGUCAGACGAAAUUGCGACCAUGCAAGCUGCAGGAAUCGAGAUCGUGGUUCAUACAAACAACACCAUCACCAUAAAGCACCAUGGUUACCCAAACCACACGUUCGAGGGAGGAUGGGGUAAUAACCCAAAUACUGCGAGCCACCAGAACUAUAGCUUCAACAUUCCAAAACAUGCUACCGUUUCGGAAACUCCGGCUUGCGUUAAACUCGGAGCUAUAGGAUUGUCACUUAGUGGGGCGGCGUUUUAUAAUCCAUAUACUGGGCAAGGGAACAACGCUGUUGAGGGUGACUGUGCGGAAACGUUUGAUGACUGUUCCGGUCAUCCCUCAGCAAACGGGGCCUAUCACUACCACAAACUUCCGGCCUGCAUUUACACUGGCGAUGACUUGCGUAAUAAAUUCCUCGGCGUUGCCUUUGAUGGCUAUCCGAUAUACGGACCGAUGGAUGGCAAUGGGCACAAUUUGGCCACAUCAGAUCUAGACGAAUGCCAUGGGCACAUCGACUCCGACGGACGAUACAAAUACCGUGCCACCACUGAUUUCCCUUACUUGCUCGGCUGCUACCAUGGGGAACCAAUUAUGGGGCAAGGGAAUGGAAAUACCAACGGUGGAAAUUUACCAGGACAGGGACCUCCACCUCCCGGACGUAACCGCCGAGACCUGUCGAACGUUAGAUACGAGUUUGUUGGUUAUGAUCAAAAGAGGAACAGGAGAGUUUUCAAGCGUCAAACAAUGAUUGGGAAUAACUGUCUGAACGUCGAAUACACUAACUGGAUGGUUGAAACGUGUUAUGCGUUUUGUGAGAAUCCAAGCGACGGUUCCUUCGAUGAUUGCCCCUUUAAUAAUGUUACUCCACCCGGUAACAAUGCUACUCCUCCUGUAAACGGUGCUACGAUCGUGGGUUACGGCGCAAAAUGUUUUGCCAUGUUUGUAGUUGUCCUACGCAUGCUAAUGGUGUUGAAAUAAAAUCGCCUCCGAUAAAAUGUGUAUGGAUUUGACAUACGAUAAAACCAUUGUGAUUAUCGCUUGCUAUUUCUUUCCAUCUGUUUAUAAUUUAUAUCAAUGAGAUUAAUGUGCUGUUGUUUUAUCAUAUAUGUCAUGAAUAACGCUGCAUGUCAAUGUUAUGAUGACAUAUAGGCCUUCUUUGAGUUACAUGUGUUAUAUAAGGAAAGCAUUUAUGUGCGAAA